AGUCAAGUACACAGAAAUAGAAUAAAAUAGUGGUUACUAGAGGUGGUGGUAGUGAUGGUAGAGGAAAGGGAGAGGUGUAGGUCAAAGGAUACAAAGUAGAGAUACAUAGGAUGAACAAGUCUAGAGAUAUAAUGUACAAUAAGAGAACUAUGGUUAAUAUUGUGCUUGGGAUUUUUGCUAAAAGUAAAUUUUAGGUGCUCUUGCCACACACAAUGGCCAACAGGUAUAUAAAAAGGUGUUCAACAUCACAAAAAGAGAGGAUAUCUGUGGGACGCUGGAUUUAUUGAUUUUCUUGAUAUGGUAACCAUUUCACCGUCUAUAUAUACAUCAAAACAUUACGUUGUACACCUUAAACAUAUGCAAUAAAAAAUUUAAAGUAAUGAGGAAGAUCUGUGUAAUCUUUUCCAGACACACCAUGAAUGGAGUUCCAAUCUUGGAAUGCCACUUUUUCUGGACCUAACUCUUGAAUGACCAUGUUAAUUCAUUCAUUUUUUUUUCUAUUAUUUGUCAUAGUUGUUGAAAGCCAAAGAGCUGCUGAGAGCUGUACAUUUUUUCUCACUGUCAGAGUGCCCAUGAUGAUAUCCUGUACCACAGAACCUGAAUUACAUUUGAAAUUGGCAGAUUGAGAGAAUGAAAAUCUGGAAAACUACAAGGAUACCUCUCUAUUGGCUUCUGCCACUGAUCCAGAACCCCAUUCCUCACCCCACAGAGGCCACAGAUGGUAUCUCCAGUGAGUAAGGAUACCACGGAAGAUCUGCGGAAAGCAGCUGGUGCCUUGGAGGCUCAGGCUUUGGUGAAACAGGAUUUGCUGCCUGCAGACCAGGCCCAGGUCCUCAAUGAGAUGGCCAAGUAUCAAGUUCCACAGAGGUCUGGGGACAUCGUUAUGAUCCAGUCUGAACAUACAGGAGCUAUAGAUGUUCUUUCAGCUGAUUUGGAAUCUGCAGAUCUUCUGGGGGACCACAGGAAAGUCUCCCCACCUCUGAUGGCUCCUCCAUGCAUCUGGACCUUCGCCAAGGUGAAGGAAUUCAAAAGCAAGCUGGGCAAGGAGAAGAACAGCCGUCUGGUGGUGAAGCGUGGUGAGGUGGUGACCAUCCGGGUACCUACUCAUCCAGAGGGGAAGCGUGUCUGCUGGGAGUUUGCGACCGAUGACUAUGACAUUGGCUUUGGAGUUUAUUUUGACUGGACCCCUGUAACUACCACUGACAUAACUGUGCAGGUCAGUGAUUCCAGUGAUGAUGAGGAUGAAGAAGAGGAAGAGGAGGAAGAGAUUGAAGAACCUGUUCCAGCUGGAGAUGUGGAGAGAGGCUCCAGGAGCUCCUUGCGGGGUCGCUAUGGGGAGGUCAUGCCUGUGUACCGGCGGGACAGCCACCGAGACGUGCAGGCUGGCAGCCAUGACUACCCUGGUGAGGGCAUCUACCUGCUCAAGUUUGACAACUCCUACUCCCUGCUGCGCAACAAGACUCUCUACUUCCACAUCUACUACACCAGCUGAAGGACUGCUGGGAUGGGGGCAGGCUGUAUUUGCUGGCUGAAGCAGGCUGCCAGCUGGUGCCUCUUGUUUGGGAUAGGCAAGAGCCAAAGGUUCAUGUGGGGCUCCUGAGCCUCACACCCUGUCUGGCGUGCCUGACUGUUGGCCCAUGUAGCUUUUUCCCCUUCUUGGCUUCUGCAGGUGGUGGUGUAGUGCCCCUGUUCUGUGGUCCCUGACUCAUACUCUUCUUGCUUCAGACUCCAGCAGAUUCCCUCUUGAAGGCACCCAUUGGGCACAAGCCUGAAAGGAAGCAGGGUGUUGUUUUUUAAAAAUAGAUUCAUCUUGACACAGGUUUAUCAUUCAGAUUGCUGCCCUCUCCUCUCCCAGAGCCCUUAUUGCCAGUGCAUUUAGUGGCACCCACUCUCUUUAACUUUUUGAGGUGCCAGAAGAGGGAAAAGCACAUUGUCCAUGAAGGAGCCCAAUCUUUUGGUUGGAGAAAGCUCUAUCCAGCCUGUCACCACUGCCAUAUUCCUGCCUGCUGGUUAUUCUUGGUCUCUGCAUAGCUGGGAGACCACACUGCCUUUGGAGGGCUGUUACUAUUCCUGAUGGUAGACGCCUCCUCCUUUCUCUUUCCUAAGUCUAUGUUUUUGCCAUUACAGCAAGAACUUUCAUGCAAUCUAAAGUGAUGAUCAGUGUAACCUAAGAUCUUGUGGGAAGAAAAACUGCCUCCAUUGUUUCCUGUUCUAAGAGCUGGUUUCCCUUACCAUGGGCACCGGCAGUCAAAGUGGAGAGAGUGGAAAUUAGGUACUGAAUUGAUGUCAGAACCCACAUAUUUGAAAGUCAAGUGUUACUAUUUUUUUUUGGUAUAAACAAAGGAGGAAUGAUAUAAUCUGAGAGAGAAGAUGAAAAACAGAAAACCACUGCAGAGUCCUCACCACUUUUUUUUUGUCUUUAGAGUAGGAGUGCUAUUUAGAAAUGUUGCUUUGGAAUCAAAUGCAGUGAAACCCAAUCAGGUUUCCAAAGUUUCUGCAUUUAGGUUUCUUGCAUUGAGGGCUUAAAGCUUUUGGUGUUCAGAGUCCCUUAGUUUAGGUGAUCAUGAAGCUUCACUAUUGCUGCUGAUUGUAUUUGUUCUUUACCUGACCAAAGCUUGCAUUUCCCUGGUGACAGCAUUUCCUACUCUGUCACUCCUGAGGCUCAGGAGUGCCACAGAGUGCAGGUGGUGCUGCAGCCAGUAGUCACGGGAGCACCAGAUGCCCGGCCCCCAGGCGGAGAAGGAGACGGAGGUGAGAUGGGACCUCAGCAGUCUCUGUGUUUGUACCUCCCUGUCUCUUACUCCUCGUGUUAUGUCUGUUACUGCCUGUGAAUUCUGAAGAAUAAUUAGAUUUAUUUAUCACUAUAUUUAUUUUUUUUAGCACAUUUCAUUUUGCCUUUGAAACAGUUUCCAUCUGUUUCUCAGAAGGCUUCCCAUCUGUUCUGAGCCACUGAAGCCCCCUCUUUUAUGGAGUUAAAGAUGAUAUUUUUAGGAUAAUUUGGGAAGCGAUGAGGUUUUAUUUCUGCAGGUCAGCCCUGUGACAGCUUUGCAAGGAGUAUGGCCCUUCAGAGAUGGAUGGUGCCACCUUACUCCAUGUUUGGGGUACAGUCCAGCACUCCCCGUGAAGAAUUCUAAGUUGUGAGGGAAUCUGACCAUUUGCUGGGGAUUGAGUGCAGAGGAGUUGCCUAGCCAAUCAGAGAUACUCUGUGAUUCCAGGAUUUCAGAGUCCUUUGUCUCCUCUGAGGAGUCACCUUCUUUGUGAUGUUUCCUUUGACUCACUCCUUCAUUGUUGGAUUCCUCACACCAAGCGUCUGUCCCUACAGUAGCAUAACUCAAGGAACAGGGCUCCUCCCAGUGAGUCCCUAGUAGCGUCUGCAUCACAUCAAAGGGCAAUAUAUCCCGCACCUGCUCUUCCCCUCGGAGCAAAGCCCCCAGCGGGAUGGGAUGUUGGGGACUGCCAACCAUUCCCAUUCUCUGAGCAGCAUCAUACCUCCAUUAUUUUAUAUUUGCAAAUGUGUUUUGUAGAGGAUUACACUGGCCAAAAUUUAUAUACCUUUAAAGAAAUUAUUUUAGUGACUGUCUGUUGAGGCAGCGAAGAGCAGAUUUGCUGUGUGUCAUCCCAUUGGAUAGCUGAGUGACCGCUCUUGCAUCAUUGAAGCUGAAUCAUGCCUUAGCUAACUGAAUAUAAUCUUUGUAAAAUAAUUUUCUACUGAGCUGUUUUCUAGUCAGCGAAAGCCUUGCUUAUUUUUCCUGUUUAUUAUUAACUUCUGCCUUUCUCUCAAAUUGAAACUGUCAGGCCAUACACAGCAAGUUCCCAAGGAUAACACUUGUUAUUAUUGAUUUUCACCAUGAGAUUCUCUGCUUAUUUUCUUUGGAAUCCUAGUUCUGUUGCAUCAGGGAAGCCUAAGGGACUUGUUCCCCUCGCCUCUGUGUGCCUGUUAGUGUCUGGUCACUUUUGAUGUCCUGGGCAUGGUUACAUUUCAUUCCAUACUGGUUUUUCACCAACAGUCGGGGUUUCUGUGUUCCAUUAGCACAAAAUAGCUGAAGAAGAUAUUUUCACCGUCUAAUUCACUAUUCUCAUGUUACAUUUCUGAAAUAAUUGAACUUUAGGGGCAAGAUACUGUUUACUGAAGCACAGGUAAUUACAGAGAACCCACAGCCCAGCAAAUUCUAAGAGAGUCAUUUUUCUCAGCCCCUCCCAGUCCAAAUGUAUAGACCCAAACAAUGAAACAAAAAUCGUUUGCUUUGAUCCUCAUCUUGUUAUCUAGAGCACAAAUAAAUAUUAACAAACAAUUGAAAGAAAGUGCUUCAUAGUAGGAGAGAGAUUGGAAUUCUCUAUACAGAGUGACUGAGUUCUUAAAUUUCUUUAGUUUUAGUUCUGCCACUUUGUUGAGAGAUGGGACUUUUAGAAAGGAAGACAUGUUUAAAGUAUUGAUUUUUCCCUCAGUGUUUUAUUGUGAAAAGAUUCAGCAAACAGCUUAAGAGAAAUACACAUAUAUUAUAAACCAAAAA